GGGACAACACCGGGGGCGGGGGCUGGGGAGGCGCAAGGCAUUGUGGGAGUGUUGAGGCAGCGUUUGUUUGGGCCGUGUUCAUCAUGCACUGGUGACUGGCUUCUGGACGCUGUGCCGCCCGUACCUUGCAGCCCUUGGAGCGCCCCCCGCCUCGAAUAUGAGUCACCUUGAGAGCGGGUCAGUGGUUUGGGUGCGGCUUGGCCAGGCUUGGUGGCCAGGCACUAUUACCACAGUUGCCAAGUGCCCGCCAGACUUUGUACAAGCCAUUCGCAAGACUCCUAUCGCCAUUGUCAAGUUUUUUCACGAAAAUGAAUACCAAGAUGUUCAUAAGGAAGAGCAUAUCUUCCCUUAUAAUUGUGACCGAAAGGAGGAGUUCAUUAGAAAGGGACAAGCUGUGAACAAGAACCAGAGUCAUGGGGAUGUGGACCUGCUGAACAAGUUUGAGUCUGAUGUGGUGACGGCUGAGAAGCUGACUGGCGGGGACAUGGACAUCCUGCGCUCGCUGGUGGAGGGGGCCGACACAUAUAAGGCCUUCCAUCAUACUCACUGCCCCCCCACCAGUCCCGGCCUUGACUCCAAUAAUAUGGUAAUUUCUGGUCAGCCCUCGCAGCCCCCUCUGGCUUCUUCAUGUCCAGCUGGUGUUGAUUUUGAGUCAAGACCCCAGGAGAAUUUGUGGCCAGAGAGAGUAGAGGCUCACACACGCUUAGACAGUAGCACUAGCAAGGUGAGAAACCCCCAGAAUUGCCAGGCGGCCAGUAGUGACCACCAAAUUGCCCCGCUGCCCAGAGACCUGCCCUCCCAUGUGGCAAACAUAACUGGGAGAGACUUAGAACAGGCCCAACCUAACUUAGGGGAAACAUCCUUAAUAUCUAAGCACUGCAGUAGUAACACAGGGGAAGAAAAGAAGCCAGCACCUCAAGAGAAAGCAAGUUCUUCCCGUGACAUAAGUGCAGCGUUCAUGGAGGAAGUGGCCGACAGUGAAGCUCCUAGUCUGACCAGUAGGAUGAAGGAUGAGGAAGAAGGAUUAGACGAUGAAGAUGAGGAUGAGGAAGAUGAAGAGGAAGAUUCUCUGAACCCUGAACUGCAAUAUGAAAGCGAGAGGUUUGCAGAGUCCGUGGAUGAGGACUCUCUGAACCUGGACUUGGAGAUGGAGGGUGAGGAGGAUGAACCCGAGCCUCAGCGACCUGCCUCUCAGGGGGAAGGGGAGCCAAUGGAGAGUGAGAGUGAAAGUGAUCCACUCUUUGAGGUUGAAGAUGAGGAGGACGGUUCCCUUGCAAUGCUUGGGACAGAGCAGGAUGGUCUGGUUGAAGCAGCUGACGAGGAUGAAGACUCCCUCAUCCCAGACAUUGAAAUGGAGAGUGAGGAGGAGGAGGAGGAGGAUGGAGAACUUAGCGAGAGAAUCACCCAGACCAAUUUGCCGCAGUCCUGGGAAACCGAUGAGGAUGAUUCUGAAGAGGAAAUGUACCAGAAUCUUCCCUCGGCCUCCGCCACAGAUGAGGAAGAGGCUGGCUGGGUGAACGGUGCAGAGAAAGAGAACAAAGGGUCUAACCAGCUGCAUGACCUGAACCUUACUCAGCAACAAAGGAUUAUGGAGGAUAAGAGUUCCAGUAAGGAGGCAGAGGAAGAGGCAUCAUCAGAGAAAGAAUCCAUCAGUCGAGACGUGGAAGAAUCCUCCACCGGCGAAAGAGAAAGAAGUCCACCCAGAAGUAAACUCAUCGAGGAAGCCACCAAACCCUCCCAGGAUACACCUCAGGAACCACUCACCCAAGAAACCAACCACACACAACACCAAAGUGGAGAUGAGGAUAUGGAAGAGGAACACACCACGAAGGACAAGGAUGAAGAGAAACACAACAGUCACUCUCCAUCACACACCAAACUUACCCGCAGUACAAAGACUACCCAGGACAAGGGACUCUCAGGGGAUGAUAUUUCUAACCAGGAUUCCAAAGACCCGGUAACUCUCAGCCUCCCAGUCCUGGAAAGCCCCUCUACCUCAAAGUCAUCUGAUAACUCCUUAAACUUUGAAGGCUUUGACCGGGAGAAGACGAGACAAGCCAGUGCCAGACUCCUGAUGCUUCUGAAAGUAAGAUAUCGCCAGCCUCAGCGCAAGCCCCAAAAUUGGAAGCCUAAGACUGUACCUAAGAAGAGGGGAAGACCAACUCUCAAAGGACACAUUGGGAGUGUGCGGGGAAAAAGACAAGGAAGUGCGCCGGUCAAGAGGAAACGGAGCCAGCGGGCCGCCUCCACCACGUCCACCACCUCUGACUCGGAUGAAGGGGAAGAGGAGGAAGUAGAGGGUGCAGGUCACGGCUCCAGAAAGGGCAAAGGUGGCAGAAGUGGGCGUGGGUGGAUAAAACAGAGGCGUGCCAGAGGAAGGCCAAACAAAAGGAAGAUGAAGCACUCGCCACUGAGGAAAAGGACGCUCCUCAGACAGCGCCGCAAGAACACAGAGAACACAAUGGAAAAGAGAAAAACCAGGAGCAGCGACAAGGAAAAGGAGGAGGAGCCACCCAAAAUAACCAGAAGUGGCAGAGAUCCGUACGAAAGGUUUGCUCACAGUCCGGACAUAACCAGCUUUUCCGAGGCCAAACCCAGACAGCCAAGGACCUGGAGUGGCGCUAAAGGAGAGGAGGACAAGGCAGGGCAGCAGCAAGUCACUCUCGGGAAACAACCACUCAAGCGCGUCAGAAAGAGGAAACCUUCUGAAAUCGACAACUUGCUUCAGUGGGCCGUGGAGACCGGCAACACAGGGAGCAGGAGCCGGGCCACGAGGGAGCGCCAAUACCCCGUCACCAACACCAGUACAACCAGUAAUAACAACAACACCAACAACAACAACAACAAUAACAACAACUUAGCCACCACCAGAAGGUCAAGACUGGAGACCAAGAUGGCAAACAAGGUGCAGAAAAAGAGAGGGAGGAAAAAGAAGGUGAGGACAGAUACAGAGGAGGAAGAGGAGGAGGACGAUGUGGAGUCCAGUAAACAAGGCCAUUCCCACAGCUCCUCGGAUGACCUGCCCAUCAACUCGGAGGGAGAAUCAUCGGACACGGGCAAAGGAAAGGGCCGGCUGGCGUACCCGUACAAGAGUGGGGAUCUGGUGUGGAUGCAGAUGGAGACCCGCUGGUGGCCCGGCUACGUGGACCAGGUGUACCCCCAGACCAGGAGAGUGUCGGUCUACAGGGUUGGCGUCAAGCAGGAGGCCAGCACCAAAGUGGACUUAGGCAGGGUCCAUUCCUUCCAGUACGGAGAAGUGCCUGACUUUGUGGAUCGUAGUGAGAGUGGCUUCACCGAGGCAUUCCAGGUCACUGAGUCCUUCUGUCUCCUGAGAAAUCACGGCAACAAGAUAUCCGCACACAAGUUCUUCACUAUGCCUCCCGAAGAGCAAGAUGCACUGAUCAUUGUGAGCUUCACCCCAAAGGAUGACCCAGCACUGUCCACCACCCAAGGAAAGAGGACCAGGGGCUCAGCCAGUGACGAGCCACAGUCAAAAAGCCAAAGGGGCUGGUUUUAUGAUCCUCUCAACUCAGACAGUGAGGAUGGAAUGGGUGCUCGAGGGCCAGACAGGUACGAGAUGACUGCCCUGGACCGCAGAAGGAUGCAGAAGUCCCUUAGAUCGCGACGGAGAGAGAAUGAGAAACUAAUGAAGUUCAUGAACUCUACGGCGUGCAUGGACCACCUGUGGCAGAUCUUUAGUGGCCAGAAGCAGUGUGAGCGCCACAAGCUGUACCAGAGCGAGGCCACACGCCGCUCACUCCUGUGGUCUGGGAUCGGACCCUUCCAGCUGGACCAGGAUGAUGACCAGAUUCUCUCUGUUGUGGACUUCCUGCACACGGAAAUGAACAAAAAACAGCCGGACUUCAACCUGGCGCAAGACUACGUGUUCAAAGUGUGGAUGCCUGAGGCCAUCAAGGAGGCUCUAAGGGUGGUGUUGAAGGUCCCCGAAGACAUGCUAGAGUUGGCUCUGGACGAGGGAUACAGAGAAAGCCUCACGGACAGAGGCUCUCGUCGGCUUGACUUCUUAUAGUGGCUGUGACCGUGACCGCCAGCAGCACCCAGUCAUCAUCCAGCCAGCCAGCACACAUGGAAAGAGAGAUAUGCUCGGUUGUACAUACACUGGAUCUAAUACAAAAAUUCCUUCUAAGUUCUUGUAUAGUUAGGUUAGAUCAGCCACACAUCCUUCUCCUUAGUAAUCCUUCCCUGCAGCUCCAUAAUUUUGUUCACCGCAUUUACCACAACUACAGUUACAAUAUACCACUACUAUUACUACGACGGUGAGGAUAACAAUGACAUCAACAAUAACAGUGGCAAUGUGACCUGCUGCAGUAAAUGUCUUUGAGGAACCAGAAAAUCACACGACCAAUUCUUUAACAAAUCGUUUAGUCAGAUUGUGCAAAUUUGAAAGACGUGGAGUUAUUACAGAAUAUACCGCAGUAAUUUGUCUGUAAGUUAAUGUGGUUUUAGUAAAGAAUGAAGGAAUAAUAAUACUGAUUGAUGACUAAAUAUGGAACUUUGUAUUGUGUAUAUUUGUGAAAUUUGGAUAAUAUUUUGUUAAUGGGAUCUAAUUAAUAUCCCUAAUUACUAACAAACAUAAGGGUCAGCACCAAGUAAAGGUUUUUAAAUAAUCUCAUCUAAAUAAGCCUUUAAUUGACUGAAGAUAAAUAAGUGUUGCCAGAGUUUCACGUUAAUACAAGGUUCUUUUCACUGAUCUCCGCUGUCUUGACCCCAGGGACAGUUACCGAGCCAUAACAGACCACUUGACUCAUCUGUAGUACUAUGUAUGGAAAUUUGCACUCAUUUAUACUCAGUUUGCAGUCUAUUAUUAGUUGAUGCAUGUCAUUGUUAUCAGUUGCCAGUUUUGUAGAAUAGCUUCCAUGAGGACAGCUUCGUUGCCCUUCAGCUAAACUAUAAUUUCCUCAUGUGGGGAUCUUCAUGCACCCUAAACUGCAUGAUAUAUUGGAAAAUCACUUAAGCAUACACUUCUUCAGGGUCAUUUUCUGAAUACAUACUGAGAGUUAUAUUAGGCAUGCUGAUUACAUUGCUCUUAUCUGGUUGUUUUAAAUUUAUCUUCACCGACAUCAAGAAUUUUAACCGUUAUUAAUUCACUGCGCACAAGGCUCCUUCAGAUUUCUCCAAAGUUAUCUCUUCAUCAAUUUAUGUAUAUUUUAUUUGCAUUUUGAGUCUUUACUAUUUUGUUCUUGCACAUUUGACUAGAAUCAGAAAGCAUCAAGAAUUUGCAUUUUAUAACAUUUUCCAGUCGUCCUUUAGUUUCAAAAUUAUAAUAGUAUGUGACGACCAAGGAUUCAUAGCAUAUUUUCAAGAUUACACAUUUGCACCCACUUCUCACCCAUAUGUGCCUUUAUUUCUGCUUUCCAUUCAUGUGCCAUUGCAAUUUCUUUAUGUCCACAAAUGAAUGAGAAAAUGAACACCUUUCUUGCGUUGCCAUAUAUAAUUUUCUUUCAUCCGUGUGCCAGUGGUUGCAGCUCAUAUUUCUUUCCUCUUGAAUUUGCCCCAAAAACAAUUCGUCACCAUCAUAAAUAAUCGCCUGAGUCACUUUUCAUCGAUUUCCAGUUUUUUGUCUACGUCGAUUUUUCAUCAUGUGACGCCCAUUUUUGUACAGUUGCCUCCAUCAUUUAAGGUUUCAAUGUUCUAGAAUUGGCCUUUUCAUUCCUGCGUAACUCUUAAGCCAAAUGAGGUAAUGACAGUUCUUUUCUGAUUUCCUGUAAAGUAGAAAAUAAUGCCUUAGGUGGUUUGUUUACGAAGGUGACGAAUUUUCUCUUCCUCUUCCAUGAGUUAGUUAGUUACAUAUAAAGAGAGAUGUAUAUUUGGUUGUUUCAUGCCAUAUCAAGCUACUUGUAGGUGGUAGUAAGAGAGGAAGUUGCAGCUGAGAAUGUAUAGGAGUGACACAUGUGAGUCAUGAUCUUUUUGUUUCCCACUUUCCAUUAUCUUGCAAAUACUUCUUGGGGUAUUGACUUCUGUAAUAUUUUAAGUAUUCUGUGAUCUGUAACAGGGCUUCAGAGACUCAAAACAAUAGGUAAUGUGUAUUUCAGCUCUUCAGGGUCAUGGCAGUAUUUAUAUGAAGAGAUAAUUUGAUAUCAUGACAGUAAGAUAUCCCAAAGUGAUAAUUUCUGCAGAAGAGUGAAUUAAGGUCUGUUGCUUCUCUCAUUGUGAAAAUUUAUUCUGGCCACAUGAGUAGCUGAUGUCCAUUCCAAAAUUUAUCUGCUCAUCAGGUUGUUGCUACAUAAGACUUAAUUAAGUAGCAAAUAUAAUAUUCCAAAGGGAUACAUCUAGUUAAAGUUAGUCAGUUCUGUUGAGUGUUUGGGGGAAGUAGGAAUGGUACCUGAGUGGAGGUUUGCUUAGAAGAGUGUGGAGGGGGCCGAGUGGUUGUGGUAUGUUACAUAUGCUCCCUGAUGAUAUUGUACCAAAAUACUUAUCCAUACUACAUAGACUUGCUUAGAACCUAACUGCCUAAUUGCUCUUAUGAUUGCACAUCAUGACAUUCACUUUUGACUAUAGUGGUCUACUGGGUAAUGAAUUAGUCAGUAGAAUUAUGAUGUAAACCACUUUUCUACUUAGUAUAUUUGCUGUUACAACAACUAUAACAACUACCUCUACUACUACUACAACAGUACAAUUUUUUUUCAUUACUACUACUACUACUACUACUUCUACUACUACUUCUAUUGCUACCUUUACUACUACUACUACUACUACUACUACUACUACUACUACUACUACUACUACUACUACCACUACUACUACUGUUAUUACUACUACUACUGCUUCUACUACUCCCACUACUACUGCUCUCACUACUAUCUUGUUGUAGAGGUGUAAUACCACUUCAUAAAGCAGCCCAGAAGUGACCCUGUGAUGUUAUGCACCAAAAUUUCAGUAUAACGUGAGGAAUCACCUUCGUGGUGACGCGCGCUGCGGGACGCCAAGUGUCUGCGGCAGCAAGUCACCAUUAGCAGUUUUCAUACCAGGAUAGAGUAGCAUUAAUUUCUGACUUUAAUGUUGGAGCAAUAGCAACUUUACAAAGUACACAUAUUAGCUUUAAACCAAUAUUUUUAGUGGCUGAAGAGAACUUCAUCUGAUAUUGUCGGGAUACAAUAUUUGUAUGAAAGGAUAUUUAUUAUUUUAAGAGAGUUAAAAGUAUUUUUUUAAUUUCUUCUAUAGAGAAUGUUAAGUCACCAUGAACUAUAUGAUAGUAAAAAUUUACCAUCUACAAAAUGUAGUUACAUUAUCUACUUAAGGCAGCAAGUUUGGUUCAGCCAAUGCCAUGUAUCACCCGUAGUUGUUUAUUGAAGAGUUACUGUACAAGUGUAGCACUAGCCACAGCAGCUCCAACACAAGCCACUCAUGUAGACGACAAAUAUUUCUUGAGUAAAAAUGGUAUGUGAUAUA